AUGGCGGAGCGCCCCCUGCCGGCGCGUGGGGUGGCCCAGGAGAUGCGCUGCGUCCUGCACUGGUUCUCGGGCUGGGCGCCCCCCCAGCGCCAGCGCUUCCUGCGGGACCUGCUGGCCAAGGCUGUGCCCGGCAAGCUGCGCCCCCUGCUGGAGGAGCUGGAGGGGCUGAGCCUCUCCGGGGCACCCGCACCGCCCCCCUCCCUCUUCCAGUGCCAGCUGCGCCUCUGGGACCAGUGGUUCCGGGGCUGGAGCGAGCCGGAGCGCAACCACUUCCUGGCCCGGCUGGAGCAGGUCGACCCGGACUUCGCCGCCCACUUCUACUGCCAGCUGGCGGCCACCGCCGGGCAGGAAUAG